AUGGCCCUAACGCAACAUCAUAAUAUUUCUACGACCGCUAAAAAUUCUCAAAAAAAUCAAAAAAUUUCUUCUUCAGCAAUAACAACAAUUCCUUCUCCAGUAACGACAAUUUCUUCUCCAGUAAUGACAACAGCUUCUUCUUCAGUAAUAACAACAGCUUCUUCUUCUCCAGCAAUGACAACAAUUCCUUCUUCUACUUCUACUAGCACCACCACCACCACUACUGUUAAUAACUUUACUCCUUCCACUAUUAAUAUUAAUAAUAUUGACCCCAUUAAAAAUACCAAUAUCAAUACCAAUAUUAAUACCAAUAUUAAUACCAAUAUUAAUACCAAUAUUAAUACCAAUAAUAAUGUUGAUAAUAAUAUCAACAAAAAUAUCAACAAUGUCAAAAAAAAUGUUAACAUAAUUCCUCCUCCAUUAACUCUUGAUUGUUUAGAAGAAAUUUUAAAUCAUUUAUUAGAUAGUCGAGAAACUCUUCAUUCUUGUAUUUUGGUUAAUCGUAUUUGGAGUCAACUCGCAAUGCCUUUAUUAUGGUAUAAUCCAUUCGGAUCAAGUUUAUGUGAUGAACAAGCCAUAAAUAUUUUUUAUUCUUAUACUUCUUGUAUGCCUGAAGAAUUAAGAAAAGAAUUAUGGUUAAGAGAAAUUUAUUUUGCGGAAUCAAAAAAACCUUUAUUUGAUUAUCCAAAAUAUUUACGAGGAUUUGAUUGGUUUAAUUUUCAAUCGGCUAUAAAAGAAUUGGUGGAUAACUUUUGUUAUAAUGGAUCAAAUGGACAAUAUGAAUUUAAUAAUAAAGUUCUAUUCUUUGAACAAUUUUUUUCAUCGUUUCUUUUUAGUCGAUGUAAUAAUGGUUUAAGAGUUUUAAAAUUAGAAUCAAUUUUUAAUAUUGGUGAUAAUAGUAGUCUUAAUUGUAUUAAUAUGGAUUUAGUAAAUACUCCCAAUUUUCGUUUUCUUUUUUCAAAAUUAGAAAAAUUUGAAGUAAAAUAUAGUAGUUAUCAUUAUCAUAAUAUUAAUUUUGGUGGUAAUGGAAUUGAAACAUUUUGGGAAUUAAUCGGUGUUCAAAAUAAUUUAAAAAGAUUAGAAAUUAAUGAAUUUUGGGAUCCUUCAAAUUCCGAAUUAUUUUUUUCUUUCUUAUCAAAACAAUCUCAUUCAUUAACUUAUCUUAGUUUAAAUGAUAUUUCAAAAUUAAGUUUAUUACUUCCCUUUUUAUCAAGUUGUGAAAAUCUCGAAACAUUAGAAUUAUGGACAAUUCCCAAUCCUGAUAUGGAAUCCCUUUUAUAUUCUUCUAGUAAUUCUAAAAAUCUUUCAAUUAAAAAAUUAAUAUGUCAUCAAAAGAAAGGUGAUCAAGAAUCUUAUUGUUUAACCAUAGGAAUAUUAAUUUGGAUGUCGAAUCAUAAUUUACAAGAACUUUAUUUAUUAAAAGCCAAACCCAAAACUUUAGAUAUAAUUACUCAAUAUUGUCCAAAUCUUCGUCGACUUCACUUAAAUCUUACUACCAGUUUAUUAUUAAAAAUUCUUCCUUACCUUUCAACUUUACCUUUAGAAUCAUUAGGUUUGGUUAAUCAAGAUAGAUCUUCUUUAACAAUUGAUUUAUUACAACAAAUAGCUUCCGUGUUACCUGGUACCAUUCGUAAUUUAGAAAUUAAUUUCAUGAUGACAUCUCAAGGAUUACAAUAUUUUCUAUGGACAUUUAGAGGGAAAUUACGAAGAUUCGCAUUACGUGGGGAUAAUUUCAAUAAUCAAUAUUUGCAAGUCGUUACUCAUUACGCCAAAGCAAAAUCGAGUUUACAAGAAUUCGAAUAUUCAAAUCCGGAUUCAUUUUCUGACGAAGUGUUGGAUAAUGCGAAAUCUUUUAUUCCCAAAAUUCAAUUUGAAGAAUACGAAAGUCGAACUUAUCUUAAACCAAUUCGUUCUAGUGAAUUGAUAGCAUCUUGGUGGUAUACUAAUGGUGUAGAUUAUUUCUUUUCAGUUGAAGAAUAUGAAGUUUUCAAAAUUUCACCAAGAAAAUGA